AUGACUACUCAUUGUAAUGAUCCCGAAGCCGCACACGGCGAGAACAGCAUACCGGCAACGACGCUCGAAUCUCCAGAGAACCUGAACAUCAGGUCUAUCCUUCGCAAGUGGGGGUUGUAUCCACAGCCCGCCGACACUUCACAAAACCCGGGAAACCCUACGAAUGGACCAUCCCUAGAACCUGUCUAUAGUCGCGAGAUCAACCGGUACCCCGAAGGUCUACCACGCCAAGCCGCCGAGCAAGAGGCAUUCGAAGGCACCGCGAUCCACCGAAAGUUCGGCAAUCUCCUACAACGCUGUCUCCUGGACUACCAAUACAGGCUGUCGGCCUUGGCAAAGAAGCUUCUUGAGUUGGACCUUCAAAUGGCUGCUACCAGAGCACCAGGCGGUCUUGCAGAGGCUCCAGAGAACGCCAGAGACAUUGAAGACGGAACAGACACUGGGGAGGUCCCUGGCAACGAAGCCUUGUUUAGCAGCGAGAAACAAGACGACAUAUUACCGCAGAAGAUAUCACAAGUCCUGGAGGAGAUUUGGCCGCUUCUUAACAGCUAUUACCAAAUGUUGUCAAACGAGAGAGCUCUGAGUUUAUUUCACGAGGUACAAGAGCCAGAGUUCUGGAACCGAUACUACAAGAUUGAAGAUGAUGGCUACCUUAACGAGGAAGAGAUGGAGUAUCUUCGCUAUCCUGAGGACUUUAUUAGCACAGCAACGGAUCCGCUGUGGCCGACGAUCGCAGUGUGGAUGCACAUCCUGCCGAAGUGGCUUAUGCUGGUAAGCUUUCAAGGACAACAGAGUUUUUCAACAGAGGUUUUACUGACUUUUCGCGUCGGUUCGAAGUUCCUCUUCAAGGAUGACGGAACGGAGAAGCAGAAGUUUGCGUCUGCUCUAGGGAUGGGACGGAUGAAGAUGUUCAUCAAAUGCAUUCUUUCACUGACUUAUGCUAUCUUUAUAUUGCUGCCGAUUCUAUUCCUCUACAUCUUUCCAGGUAUGGGAAGGCUAGGUGCUGCAUGCCUCGUGGCUGGUUCUACCGUCCUGUUCAUAGCUAUGAUGGCUGGCCACCAAGGGACCACACGGCCGGUCAUAUUUGUAGGGGCCUGUACCUAUGUUGCUGUUCUCUUCGCGGUUUUGUCCAGUCUCCAGGGGAGGUAA